UGCACUGGCGAACAACGUCCACAUGUUUUCGCAUCUGGAGCAAAAUCGAGGAGUGCUACCAUUGACGUCGAAGGGAGACAUCCACCCUGCGAUCUUGGCUCUAGGACGCAAGUAUUCGAGCGGUGAGGUGACUGGAGCAACCGCAAGGGCAGUGGCGAUGCUGAUGGCGUUCAAGCAGGUCGUCAUGGAUUACUCCACACCUCCGGACAAGAUGCUGAGCUGGGAUCUGGAUAAGAGGCUACGUCCGAUGAUGCAAUACCUGAUAGAUUGCCGACCCCACUCAGUGAGCAUGGGCAAUGCCCAUAAGGUGCGGGAAGUGCUUGCACUUAUUUUGCUGCUGUGCAAGACAGUCAACGUCCUAACUGAUGAACCUCUGACUAAAAACUUGUGCAAGGCGUUGAGGAAUAUCAUCGCCAAGUCGCCCCCUUCUCUGCCGGAGGAAGAGGCCAAAGCGAGCAUCGUUGAUAAGAUCAACGAGUUCAUCAACACGCGGAUUACCCUGGCGGCGAACGAGAUCGCUAAGAACGCCAUCACUAAGAUCAGGGAUGGUGACGUCAUCCUGACAUACGGAAGGUCUUCUUUAGUCGAAAGCGUGUUGGUGGCUGCGCAGCAGGCUAAGCGAGGGUCUUUCAGGGUGAUCAUCGUGGACUCACGCCCUGAAGUGGAAGGUCGCCAGCUUUCCGAAACACUUUCCGCGGAGGGCAUUCCCUGCACAUACGUCCUGCUCACUGCAAUAUCUUACAUCAUGAGGGAGGUGACGAAGGUUUUCAUCGGUGCUUCGGCAAUGAUGUCAAACGGCGCCGUCUUGUCCCGAGUGGGCACGGCAGUCGUGGCGAUGAUGGCGCGGUCGCACAACCUCCCGAUCAUGUUCUGCUGCGAAACCUACAAGGUGCGACUUCUGAUGUUGUGGCUGGCUUCAUGA